UGUAGUUUCGCGCCCCGCGCCCGGCCUACAAGCCCCAGAAGCCUCCGCGAGCCGCCGUUGCCCGGUGUUGGCCGGCGGGGACGACGAUGGCGGCGACGGAGACGCGGGGCGAAGUGGGGUCGCCCCCGGGGGAAGGUUCUGUGAUCAAUUGGGCGGGACAAGGACUACAGAAAUUGGGUCCGCAUUUGCUCAGUGAAGCGGACACACAUACUUUGAUUCUCGAUAAAAAUCAGAUUAUUAAAUUGGAAAACCUCGAGAGAUGCAGAAGGCUCAUGCAGUUAUCGGUGGCCAACAAUCGGCUGGUACGGAUGAUGGGCGUAGCCAAACUCACUCAGCUCCGGGUGCUGAAUUUACCUCAUAACAGCAUUGGCUAUGUGGAGGGGUUAAAAGAACUGGUGCAUCUGGAGUGGCUAAAUUUGGCAGGAAACAACCUCAAGGCAAUAGAUCAAAUCAACAGCUGCACAGCUCUUCAGCACCUUGAUUUGUCUGACAAUAACAUAUCUCAAAUAGGUGAUCUUUCUAAACUGUCAGCUCUGAAGACUCUGUUGCUGCAUGGAAACAUCAUAACUUCACUUCGAGUAGCACCUGCUUGCCUACCUCAGAGCUUGUCCAUCCUUUCACUGGCAGAAAAUGAAAUCCGAGACCUAAAUGAGAUCUCUUUCCUGGCCCCCCUCUCGGAGCUGGAGCAGUUGUCCGUCAUGAACAACCCCUGCGUGAUGGCCACGCCUUCCAUCCCGCCCUUUGACUACCGGCCUUACGUCGUCAGCUGGUGCCUGAACCUUAGAGUCCUGGAUGGAUAUGGGAUUUCUCAGAAGGAAAGUUUGAAAGCCGAGUGGCUGUACAGUCAAGGCAAGGGCCGCUCUUACCGACCCAGCCAGCACAUCCAGUUGGUUCAGUACCUGGCCACCGUCUGUCCCCUCUCCUCCUCACUCGAUCUUCAAACCGCCGAAGAUGCCAAACUGGAGAAGAUUCUGAGCAAACGGAGGCUCCACCAGAGGCAGUUGAUGUACCAAAGCCAGAACGAAGAAUCCCCUUCUUCCUCCUCUCCCCACGAAGCGGAGGUCUCCCCUGCGGCCGAGCCCCCGCGCCCAGCCCAGGCGACUCAGUCAGUCCCUGAAAGGGAACCAGUAGUCCAGAUAAAUUCUUGGCUGGGAACAAGUUCCAACGCCGACCAUUCCUACGCUAAGAACAACUUCCCAGCGUCGGUAGCCACUGGAAGUUAUUCUCCUAACGAGCUGUACCUGGAAGACAUCCAGGCGGAUGAAGACCAGCUGAACGGUAGUCUUCUGUCUUCAGAAUCCACUUUUAUGCCCAUUACCUCGGGGUCAUCGCCGUUAUCUCCUGUGGAACUGAGGCUCUGUGGCAUCAAUUUGAGACCAGAGAACGACGACACCCUAAUCGAGCGAGAAAAAGAGGAAGAGGAUCGUGAGCCGGGAGAGACUUCGUGGGUUUCCAAAGAGAAUUCCACUAUGGCGUCGGAAAAUGAAGACAGUCCCAAGGAAGAUAGGAAGGAUGUGUCACUUUGCCCUGACCUAGCGACUACAGGUGAUGUCUUGAAUGACAGCAAGAGCUACCAGGCAACAGCCCCUGAACCCCAACUGGUUAGUGAAGAAACAUCACCAAAAAUCUAUCCAGCCCAACUCCCCUGUGGAAUUCUGUCUGCUACGUCUGCCGCUCUGAAUGAAGACACUGCGACACUUCAGAAAAUGAAUACAGCGGCCACUAAACUUCAAGCCUGCUGGAGAGGAUUCUACACAAGAAACUACCACCCUCGAGCCAAGGAAGCGCGGUAUGAAAUUCGACUGAGCAGAAUGCAGGAACACAUUGUUUUCUUGACUGAGGAAAUAAGAAGAUUGAAAAAAGAAAGAGAUGAAGAGCACAUUCAAAAGCUUUUACAAGAGGAGGCUGUCAGAUUCCUUUGGAACCAGGUGAGAUCCAUACAGGACUGGCAGUUCACGGUGAACCGGCAACUUGGCGCCGCACGGCCGCCUGGACCUCUCGUAUCCAGCACGCUGAUGCCGACCACGUUAACCGAAGAGUCUUCUCGUUCCUGGCUCCUUUCAGACGCCGAAUGUCACCACGAGAAAUCCUUACCCGAAUUUCCGGACUCGGGUUUUCACUCAUCCCUAAUGGAACCCUCUCCCCUACCGGAUCCCCGGGAUUUUGACGGAAGCUCCACCGAAGGAAGCGAGAGCUCGAUCCUGGGGCAUUCCGUGGAGACGGUCAAACACGGUAAGGGUCCAGACGCCAAAGAGGUCCAAGCGGAUCGUGGCGAAUGGAGCAGAGAUAGUUCUAACAGCGAACAGGAUAGUAGUCUUCUCCACCAGUAUUUAACGUCGGUCCAGCAGCUAGAAGAUGCCGAAGAACGGACAGACUGCAGCGAGGGGAUAGAAGGCAGUAAUAAGCUUCAGAUCGCCCUCUCUCCAGAAAAGCCAAGCACCUCGCCUGUCGGCGUAACUCCAGACGUACCUCGGGAUACACCUGCCAGUCUGCAAGGGGAGAUCAACCCAGCCCCAGAGAACUAUAAAGCAGAUGUUGAAGUUCAGGGGCACCAGCCAGAAUGUGAUUCUGCCUUUCAGGUGCUACCUGUCGGUAUCGCGGUGUAGGAUAUUUCAACUCCCAAGAAAAUCGAGGGAAACGUCCGAUUUCUUUCCCCCCCCUCAACUUUGAGAGCCUUGGUUUUUGGGGUUUUUUUUUAGUUUGUUUUUGUCACUUUGGUUUGGUUUCCCUAUUUAUAGAAAAUGUAUAUCCCUCUCCCACAUCUCCCAGGAGAUUUUGAGGUUCCAUUGGAUUAGCAUUUUGCUAGUCUCAUACCUUCGAAUGCUUAGCUAUGCUAAAUCGAAUGAUAUUUUUUACCUAAAGCUAAUACGCACUUUAUUUCCUAAUAGCUGAAUUAAGACUUCUUGUUCUUUGGUGAAGUGUCCCCCCAAAAGAUCGUUUUCUUCGAGUGGCACUCCCAUUCAAAUAUCUAAUACUUUGGAAUGCUUUUCUCUACGUUGUUAUCCCUAGCUAAGCCGAAAUUGGGGUCUUAUACCGCUAACUGAGGGAAAUAAUUUUCUGGAGCAUUCAGACGAAUGAAAUGUGGUGUUGUGUGCUUGACUGGAGUUCACCGAGAGAGGAACAAAGGACGGGAGUGCACCACGUUCAUUUUUCUCCGUUUGAUUUCCCUGAAAAGAUCUGAGAAAACCUUGUGUGAGGAAAAGGGAAAAAAAUAAGACUGGAGGAUCUCUCAGUAUGAAUAUUCUUACUAAAAAUAGAUAUUUCAGGAGGUGUCAAAGUGUCAUAGAAUGGGAAUUUUAGCCCGAAACACGUUGGAAGCCUGGCUGAUCUAAAACAGCAGUGGAGGGAAACCGUCUUUCUAGGCAUCAAAAAUAGUUUAAUUCAGGGAUCAGUGCCAUUGAAAAAAGCAUCACUUGGGAUUAUUUACAUCCUCCGAGUGGGUGCUUUUGAAUGAAUAAAUCAGCCGUUACACCCGCCUGAUGGGCCAGAUCUUUCUGCUUGCCCCCUCUGUUUUCACUUGUAUUCAUAGUUUGAGGGUAUCAUUGUGAUGGAUGUGCAUACUCAAUUCUCUUCUCCUCUUUCUCCCUUAGAUAAGGCAUGUUUUCAGGCAGGUUCCCAUACGCUAGUAUAGGAAUUAAAGCUGUUUGUUUUUGUUGUUUUUUUUUUUUUCCUUUGGUUUCCUUUUUUUUUUUCCCAGAAGAAAGAGAAAAACACAUUUUCAAGCUCUGGGAAAGCACCACUUAAUGGAUGCUCUUACUUAAUGGAUAUGAAGAAAGAAUAUCAGUGUAUGUCUUGUUUUAGGGGAAGAAAAACCAUAACCUUCACCCAACAGAAAAAGACAGGGAAACACACCAAAGAAACCAAGAGAAAAAAUCAUUUUCCAAAUUAGUUUGGCCAAAGUAUCAUUUGGAUUUAUAAGAUUUUGUCUCUUGAUAUGCUAUUGGAAAAUAAGAUGUUUCUAAAAUAAUUCCUACUCAAGCCCUCUUCCCCCCCAAAAAUAAAAUAGAAUAAAGUAAACCCACAGUGAGGUUUAAACCUAUGGCACACUAGAUGGCCACUUUAAUUGGAUUUUAAAAGACCAGUUUUCAUUCUGGUGAAGAAACGCUUGUGAACUGUUGUGAACAUUGUGAACUCUUCUCAGAUUUCACCUGGCUCUUCAAAAAUGAGAUUUAUUUGUCAACUAGUGGACCACAACCUUCCACUGAAGGCCCAUUUUAAACAUUCACAAAUCGAGUGGAAUUAUAUCGUGGGUUUAUUAGCAGUACUCAGGUGAAGAAUUCUCUGAGAUUCACUCCAAGAGAUCCCAAAUAUUUUGCUGAGGAAUUUUUCCUGUUUACGGUCUGAGCUUAAAAUUAAAUUCAGUGUGCGCUUUUUGCAUCGCGACCCUGGGAGAAAAUCUAAUCGACUGCAUGUUAAAACCAACUGAAGCACUUCACUGUUUGGGAUGAUGUUGAUUUCAGUACAUUUUAAGUGCCUCAUUUGCUGCCAAUAACAAGUCAGAGAAAACUCAAUUUAGAUUGCUCCAGUGCCAAAAUACCACUCCUCAGCGAGAUUCAUUUUCCGAGAAAGCCACAGAAAUGUUAAAGUUCAGUAUUACCCAAAGUAAUCAGGUCUCACCUGGCAGGAAGUAUUUUGGUUUUUUUUAAAAUUACAUCAAUCUUAUCUGAUCUUCAAUAUUCCCUUAAUUUGAAGCCUCUAGUUCCUCAUAUAUUCAAAAUGGUUUCACUUCAUGAAGAUUUAGCAGAUUAUGCAAUAUUUUUCUUCUACCUUUGGAGAAGUUUUUAACAUACAGACAUCUUGGCAGGGUUUUUUUUUUUUAAUCUUCCCUGCAGUUGUACAGUUUAUCUUGCAUGUUUAAUCAAUGUGAAAUAGCUUAAAUUUAGAAUGUAGUGAGCGUGUGGGAGGAGGUGAAAAAUUUGUCUAGAAUGUAUUUUUCAGGGCUCAAAAAGGAAUUCAGAGAUGGGUUAUCUGAACGUAAAGUCUGUGUUUGAAACAGUUCAGGUGUCCAGGAAGAUGAAAAACUUGCACAGUUAAGAAAAAGUCCAUCUUAAGCUGCUCCUGUCAGAAGAAAAUGGCAGAGUGAAAAUGGCGCCUGGGAGACGAAUCAGAAGCAUAUCAAAGAAGUGAUUUUUGCAGCGGCAUAAGGAUUCGAGUUUUAGUUCAUCAAAUGUUUGAUUUAUGUUUGGUUUCAAGAACGAAAAAGAACAGUCAGGUUAUAUGGAUACUCAGGUUCGCUUUUUUCCUACUUUUAACAUAUAUGAAGUAGGUUUGCAUACGAGAUUUCUCAUUUAGUUGAAAGAUCAAUGUGGGUAGAAUUUUGGAUGUGCCGUGGAGAUAUCCUGAACUGUGUAUUUCUUGAGAUUUUUGUGGAAUCGGGGCAAAUCCGACUCUUCUCCAGUUGCUCUACGAAUUCAGUUUCCUGAAGUGAUGAAGAAUUCCAUAUUUUUCAACUAGAAGUGAAGACUCUAGAAGAAGGUAAGCCUUGGGAUAAUAAGGAAUUUCCUAACUUUUUAUAUUUUGGAAGCCUAACUGGUCCAUUAUUUCUACCCCAGAGAAAGUCCUGUCACUCGGCGUAGCUUAUUGAGUGCCUAAAAUGGGCGGAGGGCCCUGUACUAAGCACUUGGGAGGGGACACCUCCAGCGGAUUGCACAUAUUUAAAUUUUCACCCUUUGGGGUCAGGGAAUAAAGAAGGGGGAAGAAACACAGUAGUUUAAAAGAAGGUUAAGUGAAGGGGUCAUAUAUAAAAGUUCAGUUAAGCUGACUGUGUCUUAACAAAGGCGCUUUUAUUCGAUGACAAAACGGAGUCCUGAGAUCGACGAACGUCACCCGUUAGGCUUCAAACCUACAUUGUUGCCGAAUGAUCCGGAUGUAAAGCCCUAAAUUUAACUAAUUGUUACGGAAGGCUCUUGCUAUGCCAAUUGACACAUACAUAACCUACUUGGGUUUACUCUGUAAUUUGCAUGCCGCCGGAAAAGUAGUAAAUGACGCACUUAACCGCUGAAUUGUUUUUUUGUGUGUGCAGAUACACUUUGUUAAUAAUUUGGAAUGUCACUGAGCUUGCUCAUGCUCCGUUCUGUUCAGCCGCUCACGCAGUCGUGUAUUUCCAUCUUCUCUACUGAACCCGAACCCUUCUUUCCACUUGAGGCCGAUGGUUUGAGAAGCUGGCCCGACUCAGGGACCCCUGGGUAUUUACCCUCUUGGUCCAUUUCGGUUCAUAUCUGCAAUGGAGUUUACAAAACGUUUAUUGAAACACCUCAGUUCUCUCUGUUCGGGCCUGGCAGGACGAGUUGCAGAAAUUGAAAAGCAACUCGAAAAUUUAUCAGUUUCCCAUUGGCAACCGAGUGGUAAGGAGCCGUUUUCUCUCCUUCGUGUGUCGAUAGUCGUUUUAUUUUUGAGGACUGCGCACCCAGUAAAAGUAAAUUUAAAGUACUCUGGUGCUUUCAACAGAGGACACCUGUAAAUAUUAACGAGGGUUUCUCCCUUCAUGGGGCACUGAAGAAAAGGUAGAGGGUUUUCUAAGAGCAUCAUCUACCGUGGUUUGAGUUUGGCUUCACAGACGGUGCCCCAUGGUGCCCCAUUAAAAAUUCACUGCAAAAAAACCCAAAAAACUCUAAAAACAAAAUGCCUCGGCGAAUACUCAAAUAUAUGAUUGUAGUCACAACAAAAGGUGCUUCUAUCUAAGAACGAUCGCCAUACCAAAACUCGUUUCCUUCCCUGACUGGAGUUGACAGCGGAAACUAUUCUAUGGGGCCUUUAUUCAUUUUUCAAUUGCAUUUCUUUGAGUCUCGCAGGAAUUUUCCCCUGUGACACUAGAGACUUCAAAAACAAUUAGGCUGUGGUUUAUUUCAGGUUUUUUAUAUAUGGCGACAGUGGGUGCCUAAACAGACAACUGGGUUCAGUCCGUGUAUUUUCUAUGAACGUUUACAUUUUUAAAUUAAUUUUCUUAAACAUUUUGUUUGUACCUCUGAGUUUCUAACUUUAAAUAAAUUAUUUGUGUACUUGGA